GCACCGAAAUUUCGCUCGUGGUGUCCACGCCCGUGGCUCUCGUGUCCCGCCGGCACGAUCUGCGAUCGAUUAAAAUCGCGAAAUAUCGUGGAGUGCUAGCGAAAGGAAAUAAUAACAGUAAUUUUGUGGUGGAAAAAAAAGUGAGGGAAAAGGUUCUUCGUUAUCGAAGAUGAGAAUGAAGAUCUCGUGGCUUCCGGCGUUGAUAUUCUGCGCGACCUUGGCCCUGGUGGCCGCUAAUCUGGAUCUCGGACCGAUCAUCAAGUCCGCGCUGUGCCAAUCGAUGUGCCUGAAACGUUAUGUGAAAGACGGCGGCGCCUGCAAAGACGAUUUAUUCCUCGAAUAUGGAAAUUGUGGAAAGUGCAGGGCCACUUGCCAAGUCAUGGAGUCUAUGUUGAUCGCAAAAAAAGAUCGACAAUACUACACGCACAUAUCAAAAUAUGAAAUAGAUGAAGCUGUCCGAACCGCAGCCACAUUUUUUCAGAGACUUGAAAUGGAUGAAGAGAAAUACGAGCCGACCAAAUUACUGGCUCCUGAGAAUAGCAAAAGCAUCCAUCUGAACGACUAUGAUGUUGCUGUGUCAUUGAGAAAGAAUACGGACGGAACAUGGAGAAGAGGAGGGUAUUACUACGCAAAACAGGAGCAUACGGCGAUAUUGGCCAGCUGGAUUAUCGUCGUCGCGGAAGACAGCACAGUCAAACACUACAGUUGGAAAAACUGGAAGCCAACACUGCAAUCGCUCAAUGCCGACGGUCCUCUCUAUCAGGCCUUUAUUACGUGGCAGGACUGGCAAAUUCAGUUAAAGAAUCAAGAAAAAACCUCUUCCUCAACAUUUUCUAAGAACUCCAUUGUGAUCUGGACAGAUUAUGAGAUAGAACAACCGUCCUUCGUCAUUACCUGGCAGCAAGAGACGGGAGACGGUAUUAUGGGCAACCAGGUGACAGAUGGCGACGCGGCACAGAUUUCCUUGCCAUGCAACAACAGAUAUUUGGUCAGAGUGGCCUCCGAUGACGGCCCUGGUAGCUACCCGAUCGUCGUCGAUACUGGGAUCUGCGAGAACCCUGAGACAUCGAUCCAGACCCAAAUCCACGAAGAACAAAGAUUAAUUACCAUAACUGUUAUGUUGUCGCUGAUCUUGUUUGUUUCGCUUGUUCUAUGUUUAUAUUUAAGUUGCCGAAAGAGUGGAAAAGAGAGCAAGACGGAGGCGGGGUGCUUGAUGAACGCACAAAAAGAAUCUAUGAUGGGAAAACUGAAAAAGUUACUGAAAAAACUGGCGCAUCAACAUUUGAACGUUAACGCGAAUGUGAAAGCGCAGGACGUGAAUGCGAGCACGCCAGAAGUGAGGGUGGUCUAAACCAUUGAGUAGCACGAAGACAUUCAGUGAUUUAGAAAACUUAGGCACUCCUCUAGAAAAUUUGCUGGGGUUUUUCCUUCUCGCUUAACUUAGCGAGCACAACUCAGGGACUUUAUUUACUCUCAUAAGAGAGCGUGGUCUUCCGCUUUCGACAGUGCGCGGAAUGAAAGGCGAUUCUCGCGUUUCUCUGUCACGAAGGCAAACGAAUUAUCUCAAUAUUCACGCACAUUAUUUACAUUAGAUCGUAUUUAUCAGACAUUUAACGAUGAAGACUUUCAAAGAAAUCCUUUACCUCACAAGAAUAGCCAAGAUAUAAAUAUA